CAAGCACGGCUCAGGCCACCGCCUCUGCGCACAACGGCGGCGCGCCGAGGGCCGAGCUCUCGCCGCGCCGUGCGCCCUUCCGGCCCCCCGGGCACAUGUUCGCGUCGUGCGGCCUGUCGUCGGCGCGGGACCCGGACGCGGGCGUCGCGCAGGAAGUUGGCAGCACGCCACGGGAGCUUGGAGAGUUCACGGAUCGCCAGCUGGCGCAGCUGCGCGACGUCAUCGAGGAGUCCUUCAGGGCCGUGGUCCGGUCGGAGCUCGGGGCGGGCACGGGGGGGCACCAUGAAGCAUGCCACCAGGAUCCUCCUUGUGGUCCCCGGCAUUCCCAAGGCGAAGACCUCGGCGGCGUGGUGGAGUGUAACGGAGGCCAAGCCAGGCACUGCGGGCCCCGUCUUUCGUCAGUCGACGGCUACGUUGCAAAUUCAGCGGGGUUGCAGGGGUCGGAUUGCCCGACUCGGUCGCGGGGAGCGUCAGUCGCCUCAUUCGAGUUGGGCCCGAGGAAGAUUGUGAGAGGUAGGACUGUGGAGGCGAACAACACAGUGAAAAUCCUUGACGAGAUUAGGGGGUCAGGUGGGCCAGUGAAAAUGAAUGGGUCAGAAUUCCCGACGCGGAGUUGGGUUAUGUCGUGGUACAUAGCACUCAAAUGUGCGUGCUUCAGGCUGGUCCACCGCAACCAGUACUUUGAUCCUGUCAUGGGUGUAGUGAUAGUUGCGAACUCGGUGGUCAUCGGUCUCGAGACACAGCUCCGAAUGGACAGUGAAGGUGAGGAGCCUCCACAAUUGUUCUGGAUUGAGUCGUUCUUUCUCGUCUGCUUCGUUUCAGAGCUCAUUGUGCGAUGGUUGUCCGACGGAUCGAAGAACUUAUCCUCUGGUUGGUUCUGGUUUGACUCAUCUCUAGUGGUCACCGGUGUGAUCUACACUUGGAUCAUCAACCCCAUUCUGGCCGCAACUUCCCAGGACGUACCAAUCAUCUCCCAGAUUCUCACCCUGCGGGUGCUCAGAUUGAUGCGGUUGGUCAGGGCAUUGAGGUUGAUGGAGCAGUUCAAGGAGCUGUGGAAGCUCUGCAGUGGGCUCCUCAGGUCGUCCCGCACGAUGCUCUCCGUGUGCCUCCUGGUCUUGAUAGCUGUAUUUGUCUUCGCUUGCCUUGGGAUCGAUCUAAUCAGCACCUCGCCUAAACUCAACAGCAACGAGGAAACGCGAGCGAUCAUCGAGGUUCACUUCUCGAGCCUGAUGGUGACAGUCCUCACCCUGAUGCAGUUCGCCAAUGCCGAUUCCCUCUCGAGCGUAUACUUGCCGCUGUGUACAGAGGAGCCCGCUCUGGUGUUUUACUUCCUGGUCAUGUGGCUCGUCGUGACCGUGGCCCUCAUGAACCUCUCCCUGACAGCCGUUAUCGUCGAGAACGCUAUGGCCAACGGGAAGGAGGAUACGGAGGAGAUGCAACUGCACUUGCGAAAGAAGCUUAAGAAGAUCCUCCCAGAAAUCGACGAAGUGUUCGACAGGCUUGACGUAGACGGUAAUGACAGCCUGGAGAUGGAGGAGUUGGUAAAGGCGGCCGAAGACGGCAAUCUAACCUUUCCACUGGACAUACAGUCCUACGUCGACCCGUACAAGCUCAUUGACCUAUUCGAAUUUCUUGAUUCGGACCGCUCUGGAGUGAUCGAGAGAGCAGAGUUCUUCGACGGCAUCUGUGCCCUCGUAGUGUCGUCCGUGCCCCUGGAGACGACGCAGAUUCUGCAGCUGGUGAGGAAAAGCCACAACGUCCUCGUGGACAUAUGCGCGGAAGUGACGAAACUGUCGGAAGCUUGCCUGACAAGCGACACUGCCCUGUUGCCGCAACGACCAGCAGGGAAACCUUACUGUGUGUUGUGAUCUCCCGAGGGCCGACACGGGGGCGCCGGCUAUAGGGGCAGGCUGGCAGCGCGCGCUGCAGUACACCCAAAAGACAUCUGAAUAAAACGCGUGGGCUUUCUUGGAUUUCAGAAAAGCAACAAUCUUUACUGGGCCGUGGGAGUUCUCUUGGUGCUUCAUUCAUCGAGGAAUGUCAUAUAUCUGGAUCUGGACUGGUGCUGAGGGAAACGCACCAAAAACAACACCAUACAAUCCAUACAUCAUUUAUCGGAGCUCCGCGCGCCCUCCAUCCAUGAUGCGAUUAGGUCGCCAGGAGCGGGUGCGUUGCUACUGCAGCGGCGGUGCGGAACCCGCAGCCCAACAGAGAGGACGAAAGGGUAGCCGAGCAAGGAAGAGGACGCAGGCCCUUACAUCCGACGCUGGGAUCUUCUAGCCGCCGGCGUUUUCGCCAGGCGUGUGCCCCAAGGGCCGUCACAGACCUGUCCAGCCCGAACAGUGGCGCAGAAGGAUGUGGUCGAGGGCCCCUGUCGUGAUUUUUCUGGCAGUGGUUCGUUUAGUGUUCGCGACGCCGGAUCUGAGGGGGCAGCCUGCAGGACGCCGCUGUGCGCACGAUUCGCACGCUGCCGCCGUUGCGGGACCCUGGCAUCCAGCCCCUGCCCGGGGUCUGUGGCGCGGGCCUCCGACCCCUGUAGCUCUGGGCUUGGGCGGCAGGAGGCCGCUGCUGUGUCGAAGUCGUUUCUGGAAACACCCCCCCCUGCAGGGGGCGCAACUCGCCCGUGGAGCGGUAUCGGUACCUCUUGGUUUCCCCAACCGAUUUUGUUUCCAGCUGGCCCAUCUCGCAUCGACUCCGCUUGCUCCGGGCCUCUGUGAGCGGCCCGCCGGAGGGCGCUGCUGGUUCGAAGUAUUUUUUUGUAGAGCUUCCUGGAGGGCGCAAUUUUUCAAAUGCGUGUUUUGUGCCGCCCCAUGUCGCUUUCACUGCUAGGUGCGGCAAGGAUCUGCACCUGCCGUGUGAUGUCGGCGCAGGUGCGCAUCGCCCGGCGUGGUUAAGAGAGGGCUCAACGGAUGA